AAUUUUGACAUGGCGUUUAGCCUCUUUCAUGGGAAGGAUGGGGUUGUUCCACUCUCAGGGAGAUCUAAUUUUCAUAGUGACAUUCCAGAACCUGAGCCUUCACCUCAGUUCAACCCUUUAGCAACAAAAGCUGCCACCAUAAGUUUGUCAGCAUUUGGACUGGGAGGGCCAUUUGGCUUUGUUAACUUCUCUGAGAAGUGGAAGAAGCAGAAGAAGUCUGAGCCGUCCAGCAAGAGGGAACCCUCUUCUGAGAAAAGGAAAUGUACCAAAACACGAGGCACUGGGAAAUGGUGGGUUAGAAACAGGAAACUGCCCAAUUGGCAAGACCUGCAUAGCAGUGAGCUGUGUCCUCCUUCUUGUGGCAACAGUUCUUCAGCCACCACCUGGUAUGAAGUUUAGAUGCCCUCCAGCAGUAGUUGCUGCAAGUAGGGCUAUAAAUUUUUGACACAACCCGCAAACUCGAUACAAAAUUAAAAGAUUAUGGUUAAGCUUAAAAGGGUUCUGGCCAUAAAAGGGUUGACCCGUUAGACUUGUUUAAUAAAAGGGUCAUUAUUGGGUCAACUCGUUUGACCCAAUAUUUAAAUAUUAUUUUUCAACAUUAAAAAUUAAAUCUAAAUAACCAUGUUGCAUCUUUCUUUCUCUCACUAUCUAAAUAAUAAAGACUAAACUAAAAAAACUCACAAAAGACAAAAUAAGUUUAUUUCUUUUAUUGAGUUAG